AUGUUAAAGGAGACUCUUCGAGUGCAAAAGAAAGACCAAAACUCUCCACCCAACGGCCACCCUGCCACCAUCACGGACACAAGCUGUGUGCAGCCCUUCAAGCUGGCCAGGGUCACCAAGGUGCUGGGCAGGACCGGUUCUCAGGGACAGUGCACACAGGUGCCUGUGGAGUUCAUGGACUACAUGAGCUACUCUAUCUUCUGCAAUUUGAAAGGCCCCAAGCAUGAGGGCAACAUUCUCACCCUUUUGGAGUCAGAGCAAGAAGCUCAGAGGUUGUGCUGA